GAUUCGACUACGAACACGCGUUCUACGACAAUUUUCUUGCUACGCGAAUGAAAAUUACUGUGAUUUAGUGAUUAUGUUAUUUUUAUUUUGGAUUUGAUUUUUUGUUUUUUUAAUAAUAAAGAUAUGUCGAUAGUACCAUGUAUCGGACGCUGCCGGUGUGAUGUUUCGCGGGUUAUUAGGGACUGAGGAAUUGACAAUUGUUUGAUGGAUGUGGAGAGCGCGGAGUGUUGGAAGGCUGGUGGCAGGAUGGUGGCGGAGGAGGGCAAGACCCGUGCGACGGAUUUCUCGAUCGCGGCGAUCAUGGCCCGGAGCGCCGCCGAGCCGAGAAGCCCCGUCGCGAGGUCGCCGCCGCACACCGGUUCGGUAUCUCGGCAAAGUUCUCCAGCGACCCUCAGUUCUCCCGCAUCCAGCUGUCGUUCACCCAUCCCUGAUGAGGAUGUGGAGGUGGACGUGGAGCAGUGCUCGGACGGCGAGCGAGAUGCUUCCGACCACGCUGCCCCUUCACCGGCUCCUUCUUCUGAAUUAGGAGAACGAGACACGCCGUCUCCAGCGAGACCUCUUCCUCCAGCCACAUCUUGUAAUUGCGAGGAGCUCCUAUCAGUGGACUGUCAGCUCGAGACCAAGGAGCUGUGGGACAAGUUCCACGACCUUGGUACUGAGAUGAUCAUAACCAAAACUGGAAGACGAAUGUUCCCGACUGUGCGCGUAUCGUUCGCGGGGUGCCGCGCGGAGGCGCGUUACGCCGUGCUGCUGGACGUGGUGCCGGUGGACGGCAAGCGGUACCGCUACGCGUACCACCGCUCCUCGUGGCUGGUGGCGGGCAAGGCGGACCCGCCCGCGCCCGCGCGCCUCUACCCCCACCCCGACUCGCCCUUCUCCGGGGACCAGCUGCGCAAGCAGGUCGUCUCCUUCGAGAAGGUCAAGCUCACCAACAACGAGAUGGACAAGAAUGGACAGAUCGUCCUGAACUCAAUGCACCGGUACCAACCCCGGAUUCACCUGGUGAAGAUCCGGGAAGGAGCGGGGCCGAUCACGGAUCUGUCGAGGGAACAGCAUCGGACCUUUGUGUUCCCAGAAACGGUGUUCACUGCCGUUACCGCCUACCAAAACCAGCUAAUAACCAAAUUGAAAAUCGAUUCUAACCCGUUCGCCAAAGGGUUUAGAGACUCUUCGAGGCUAACAGAUUUUGAUAGAGAUCCAAUGGAGUUAAUGCUAAUGGAGCAGCAAUUACUGCGCUCACCGCUCAGGCUGUAUGCAGGUGGCGCCGGUUCGACUGGCAGCGACGAAGACGCGGAAAAACGAGCUGCUUGGGCGCGGACUCCCCCCGCGCUGCAGCUGUUGGCUUUAGGAGGCCGCGCCUGGCCUUCCGCGUGGCCGCAGCCGCUCUCCUUACCUCCUGACUUAUGGCUCCAGAAACCUCCAGCACCUCUUCGGUACUGUCCGUAUCCGCCUCCGGCUCACCCGAGCGCCCAGCCCUCGAGACAGGACCACACUUCUUCACCACGGCAUCCACUAUGAACCAUUCCAUUGACUUUGAGAAAUUAAAAUGUGCUGUGACAUAUGGGCCACGUUCAUUUAUUGAUGAAGUUAAUGCCGUUCCAUGGCUUGUCGCCAUUAACUUGAUGAGCGAAACGCCCAUAAAGACUUUAAAUAUUUAAAGUGAAUUUUAUAAUAGUACCUUAAUAGAGAAAUGUACGUAUUGAAUAAAUUGUAAGUAAGAACUAUUAAAGCAUUAUGUCAAGGUUCCUACCCGAAGUAAAAUAUUUGGAAUAUAUUGUAACUAAUUAACGUAGAUUGUUGUAACAGUUACCUCCAGUCGGCACAGAUUGUAAUAACAAUAUAAUUAUAUUGUGUUGUGACAACAACUUCUUGGUAUGCAGCAUAAAAGAAAUGUUAGAAUUACAAAAUUGUGUAUGUACCUACUUAUUCAAUAAUAAUAUGAUGGAAUUUUUAACAGUUGUAAAUGAAACUUCAUAAUCUCUAGGCAAAACAGUUUGAAAAUAAAUACACCAAACAUAUACAAUACA